UUGUAAAAAAAUUCGUAUUUGUACUAUACACUCCUGCAUAUUAUUAGUAACAUCAAAAAUUGAUAGAAAAAUCCAAACAAGUUAAUUAGAAUUAACACCAAGUUAACUAGCAACUAUGGCACUUAAACUUAAAUUGAAGGUGCCUUCGGCAUCAGCAUCAAAUUCAGCCUCACUGGCAGCAUCACCAAAGGAAACACCUCCAUUGCCUAAACUUAAAAUAAAACCACCGUCCGUUAAACGACCCAGCACUGAUGACACAGCAGCUCCACCAAUCAAGAAAAUAAAAAUCAAUCUUGGAACAGGAACAGUUAAAUCAAGCGAAGCACCAAGAUCUGUUCCCAGAGUUAGAAUAAAACCUACUAGAGUUCCUGGUGAAGGAUACGACUCUGAAGCGCCUGAUUUAGAGGAUGAUCCUUUGAUUGAACAAGGUAUUAUUAUUCGGUUUUUGAAUGAUGCCAAUUUGGAUUUUGUUAGUAAUGCCGUGGAUUCUGGUGAUUUGACAGGGAUAAAUAUAAAGUGGAUCACUAGAGAUAAAGCAGUGAUAAACAUCAAUGGAACUUUGUAUUCUGCAAGACUAAUUGAUUUACCUACAGUUACUGAAUUAUACAAGACCAUUGAUCGAAAGAAUAUUUUCAAAACAUUUGAUAUCUGUCAGAUAUUAUUAGUAUUACAUGAGAUAAAUCCAGCCCAAUUGAAACAUGAUAAAGAUUUCGAAGUUCCUCCAGAAUACAUCUUCCAACAUCCAUUCUACAAUCAUGUCAAAAACAACGAAAUAAAACAAAAGAAGUUAGUAUUCAAGCAUGGUUUAUUAAGUCCGUUUGAAGAUAUUUACCGAAGAUUUAGACCAACUAAAGCCGACCAUCGAGUCAUGGAAGAUAUAGAAUCACGAGUGAAUGAAUUGAUAAAGCUCGAUAAUGAUGCCGAAGAAAGUCAUUUUGAAUUGAUAGAUAAGAAAGAGCAACAACUUAGGUUUACAUCGAGUGCAACUCCAUCUGCAGUAUCCACUCCUGUGCCUCUCAAAUCAGAAUCUGAACCUGUGGACGAAGUUGAUGAUAUUGAAUUACAUCUUGAAGAAGAAUUGAAUAAGGUAUUAGAUGAAGAUGAAAAUAUGUUUGAACCAAGUGGCGAGCAAGAAGAAGAGCAAGAGGAAGCCGAAGAGGAAAGCGAAGCCGAAGAAGAAGAAGAAGAGGAAGAGGAAGAACAGGAAUCAGAAGAGGAAGAGGAUGAGGAAGACGAAGAAGGUAAAUCUGGCAAACAACAUGUUAAACUUCUCGAGGAAGAAAUCACAGAACUUGAAAAAGCAGUUGAGCACCAUAAAAAGAAUUUGGCAACGGCCUCAAGUAAGAUGCUAAGAAUGAAGUUCCAAAACACUUACUCUUCAUUGAAAUCCAGCCUUGAUCAAAAGAAGCGUUUGUUGGCCAAGUAUAUGGAAGAGCAAGAACAGUUGCAAUUAAAGCUGGAACCAAAUAAAGCUAUAGUGCAUCAUGAUGACCAUGACGAGGAUGAGGAAGAAGAAGACGAGGAAGAAGAUGAAGAUAAGCAAGAUGAAAAUCUUGACGACAUAGAUGAUUUGUUCUAAGUCGUCAACACAAUCUAAGAAAACAGUAUUGUGAAAUCGUACGAUGUAAAUUUACGACAUAAUCUUGACACAAAAUUUUAUUGAACAAUGGAGGUUGAUUAGCCAAUGGUAUCUCGUUGGUAUGUGCUAUAAAGAUAUACCCCACAAAGUAAUGAUAUAUUAAUUGUAAUAUACUUUAGUUUAAUAGUAAACGAAUAUUUUGCCGAGUCUUAGUUACAGACAGAAAGACAUGACAAAAAGAGAGUCCUACAGUAAAGAGAUAGUCAAUAAGUAGACAAUAAGUAGUCCAAUCGGGGGGCGGUGAUGCUUAUUUAAUUCCAUGAAAUCCUUAUAAUCACUUCUUGUUCGUCAAGGACCUUGUCUACCAGAUCUGAUAUUCGUUAAAACGUUCCCGAGUAAC